CAUGUUAUUUAGGAGUUUGUAAUAUUUUGGUGCGUUGUUGAAAGGUGUUUAAUAACAAAAAUUUCGAAAGCUGUGGAAAGGUCAUUAGAUUUGAUCGCAAAGACGUGACUAAAAAUGUUCAACUUAAGCGCUAUGAUAGAAUAUACAUUGAUAUAAAUCGUAUUUUAUUGGCAAGUGUUUCUUCACAAAUUAUUGGCUGAUUGGAACGUUCUAUGGUACGUGUCACAAUUUAUCAAAGCAAUAUAUUAGAGCGAAUCAAUUCUCCACUACAAGUUUUCAAAUUUGAGGAUAAUAGCAACAUACUGAAUAGUUACGUUUUUAACGUAAACGACGCAAUGGCAACUGUGACAACAAUACCAAACUAUAAUAGGCAGCAAAGUACUGAUUCUGGUUGGGAUAACCCUUUUAGACCUGGCGGUGAUUUGUCCAGAGAAGCGGAUGAAAUAGUCAAUAUGAUAAGAGGUGGAAAACCUAUAACACCAACAGAGGAGGAGGACUUUUUAAGGAAUGGAAAUCCAAAAUUUGAAGAUAAUUGCAGCAGUUCUAUAAUAGAUGCCGAUGUUAAUCAAUUAAAUAUAUCGCAAAAUCAGUCGGCACUAAACGGUAUGAAAUCCACCAGUGUGCAAUCUGCUGUAAUGACAAAAGCUCCAGUGUCCACGGAGAGCAAUGGAUCCUCUGUGGCUCAAGUUUCAAAAAAAGUAGUACCUGGUCCAGCUUCUGCUAGUCAUAUUAUGAUUGACGAGAAGAAAAAUUCAAACAAAGGGUGCUGCUUAAUACAAUAAAAACACGCUUUCGGUUUAUUCCGUCAAUACCGGCUUUAUAAAUAUUGCACUUGUUGGAUAUAUAUUUAACGUAUUUCAGGAAAGCUUAAGUUGACGUCAUGAGAGCCAUGUUUUUUAAAUUACACAUCACAAGUUGUACGAGUUUAUCAUUAUUGUAAAAGUAUUUAUGUAACCAAACUUUUAUUAAUAUGAAGAUUUAAUAUACACAAAUUAAAAAUCGAUUGUAGUUAUGUAAAUGUCUGAUAUUAUGUUAAGUUAUUUAUCACAAAUAAAUAAUAAAGCACCUAA